AUGGGUACCAAAUCAGCACUUCUGCAGGCAUUAAAGUCUGAGCAAGAUAACCAGAUUCUCCUCUUACAAGAGUUUGUGAGGGCUCCAUCUCCUAACCCACCAGGAGAUACCACAGCUGCUGCCAAACCUAAUGUGGUGGGCGAGUUUCAAGGAGGGAAAGGUCCAGGUCCACGAGUUGUUUUCAAUGGACAUAUUGACAUCUUCCCUGUGGGCGACAAUAUGAAUGGCUGGACCCGCGAUCCUUGUUCUGGAGAUCUGAAGGAUGGGAAGAUUCACGGACGAGGAGUCGUGGAUAUGAAAUCAGGAACUGCCUCGCUGGUGAUAGCUUAUUCCUAUCUCUAUGCUAGGAGACAGUCUCUCCGGGGAAGUGUUGCCUUAUCUGCUGUGUCCGAUGAAGAGACAGGUGGCAGCUGGGGUACAGCAUUCCUCAUAGCACAGGAUCGUGGGCGAUGGGAUGACGAUGUCACGUUGAGCGCUGAACCGAGUGGUCAGACAUUUCGAUUUUCUGAAAGGGAACUUUGA